AGCUACUACCACCAAUUUACAACAGGUGGCCUUUCAUACCUCCAGUUUCGAGAUCUCUUGAGAGGGCACGAAAAUACGUGAGACAAGCAAUCGCAGCAUCCGCAACUUGCUUCUCAGCCACCUCUUCUUCAAGCUUUGACUCCUCAGCGAAGCAAGCUUUCGCCAUUCCAAUUUCCCUCCUCCCCCACACUUCCGGCCAAACCCGCCCUCCCUCGUCUUUUGCCUCCAGCCCGCCGUAAAAGACCGCACCUGAAGGUCCUCCGAACGAAUCUACCCAAUAACAUCAGCACACUGAACUGAAGUGCUUCAAACGGUAACAAAAACCAAAGCAAAAAUGUCGACCCCAAACCCCGACCCCCGCGCCCAGGCUCUCGAAGCCCUGAGCGACUUCUUCACGCAGCUCUACUCCUUCGCCGAGACGCUCGUCACGCGCUUCAUCACAAACCUGCACGCCUCCUUCGCCAACGUCUCCAUGGGUCGCUGGACCAAGGUCAUCCUGUCCGUCAUCGGCUACCUGAUCGUCCGGCCCUACAUCGAGGCCUGGUUCAAGAAGAUGCACGAGAAGGACCGCAAGAAGCACAUGGAGAAGAAGCGCGCCCAGGAGGAGGCCGCCGCCGGCGGGGCCGGUGGGGACAAGAAGAAGGCGCGCAUGUCGGCUAAUGCCCUCCGCGGGGGUGGUGCUGGACGGGUGCUCGGGGAGGUCGAGAAUACGGAUGAUGAGAUCGAUGAGGAGGAGACUACCACCGCGGAGGAUUUUGCGACGGCGAGUGGCGUGCCUGAGUGGGGCAAGAAUGCGCGCAAGAGGCAGAAGAAGUACAUGAAGAACUUGGAGAAAGAGGCGGAGAAGCAGACGCAGAAGCUGUCUGAGGAGCAGAUUAUGGAGUUGUUGGAUUGGAGUGAGGAUGAGGGUGAGGGAGUCAAGAAGGAAGAGUAAAUGCGAAACUGACAGUUGAUAUGUGGUGGCUGGGUGUUUGUUCGAGG